UUUGACAUUUUGGAGGAGGAUGUAAUUUUAUUUCUCUUUUUCAUUGUUAUGUAGGAUAAUACGUAGUCAAUAUAGAGCAACUGCAAUGACAAGACGGGUAUGAUGCAUCGAGGGAGAUCAUCAGGGAGCACAGUGUCCUCAAGUGACACUUGGGCGUCUGACGUCAGUGAGAGAAGCCUGGUUGAUGAUUCCGACACGUUAUGGAUGAAUGACAGCAGCUGUGUCAAACUUAAAUUUUCAGAGGAAUCCAAUGAGGAUUCUUCAAGAGCUAGUGAACCAAAAACCCCUCCCCCUGUGAUGCCUCCCUCUUACCGGAAUGCUGGACGUCAAGCACAAGUUACAUUUGAAAUUGUUGCAGCUAAUACAGUGAAAGAAGGGCCUGCAAAGUUUGUUCUUUAUACUGUGUUAGUUGUACGCUCUCCAGGGAUUGACACUGUUGAAGCCAGUGUUGAACGUCGUUAUUCAGACUUUGCGAAGCUGAACAAGACCCUCAUCAAGCAAUUUCCACAUCUUAUGAAAGAUGUAGCAUUUCCAAAGAAAAUGCUUACUGGAAAUUUUAAGACUGAAACCAUUGCUGAGAGAAGUCGAGGUUUCGAGCAAUAUCUAGGACACAUUUAUCGUAUAUCAGAAAUUCGGGAAUCGCUUCAACUUGCCAGUUUUUUCUAUGAAUCAGAUCUUAAGAGUGCGUAUAACUACCUGCGUGAUGAACGCUAUGGUGAUGCGUUACCAUGGUUAAUACAUGCAGAACAGUUACAAGAACGAUUACAAGGAUUAAAUAACCCAAGCGUCACAUUGAGUUUAUGUGCCUUAGUCGUAUGUUACCACAAAACUGAACAAUUUACAAGUGCUCAGGAAUACGCUGAUUUAGCCCUUCGUAGUCUCGGUGAGAAAGAUGAGAGCCCUCUAUUGGUGCCCUUAUUAAAUAUAAGUAUCAGAUUGUGCUGGAGUCUGGGAAUGGAGAAGUCAGACUUGGAAGAGAGACUUGGGCGCCUAAGGGCCAAGGGAAUUGAGGUUGAAAGGGCUUUAGAACUGAAAGAUGUUGUUAUGAAAUUAUGUAAAUUGAACUAAGAGUUGAAGUUGAUAGGGUUUCAGAACUGAAAGGUGUUGUUAUGGAAUUAUGUAAACUUAACUAAGAGUUGAAGUUGAUAGGGUUUCAGAACUGAAAGGUGUUGUUAUGGAAUUAUGUAAAUUGAACUAAGAGUUGAAGUUGAUAGGGUUUCAGAACAGAAAGAUGUUGUUAUGGAAUUAUGUAAAUUGAACUAAGAGUUGAAGUUGAUA